CGCAUGAAACAUAUUGGUUCAGGGAUAUCUCUUCAUUUUCAACACAUUUUUUCUACCGAGACUUUAUCAACAAGUUACUGCGCCUUUAUUACGCAUCGCCCGAGUGGAGGACUAUGGCAGCGCGCCUGGCGUUAAACUUUAAAUUUAGGCUGGAGCUGGAGAUGGAAGUGUUUGCCUGCUAGCUGGAACUGCCUGCGGAGCUAUUACAUCAGACGAAAUGACAAUGAUUAAAAUCUGCUUUUUCGCUGCUCCAAAUCCAUUGAGCGACUGACAGUUGCCCGCCAGGCUCUCCUGCGUCCUCUGAAGCACAACUUCACGCCGUUGAGGGGCACCGUCUACUUUUUGCCGGGGAAAAAAAAUAAAAUAAGAUAAGUUACUCUAUCUGUGCAGUCAUACUAGGGGGUAUCACGUUCUCUUCCUUGGGAACAUUGCCUGGGCGAGAGAGUGGAGAAGAGCUAAUUGUAGCCUAAUCCCUGGCCCAGAGGCGCUCGGGCAGCCCGGAGCAAGACAUUUUCUUUUUCAGCUCUCCUCUGUUAUUUAGAGACGGAUUAUUGGCUUUCUUCUUCUCCUAACAGACCACGGGGGCAGUUUCAUUUAGGCGAAAAAAGGCAGACAAAAAAAAAAAAAGGGCUAAAACGCAAAAGGAAGGAUUCCAACAGGAGCGCACGUUGUUUUGUUUUUUUACGCGUAUCCGAAUACGAGCAAGGGGAAGGAGAUCACCUCGUCUAAUGUACAAGGAGGGAAGAAGCAUGUCGCGGCUGUCCCUGACGCGGUCCCCGGUCUCACCCCUAGCCGCCCAGGGGAUCCCGCUCCCGGCCCAGCUGACCAAGUCGAACGCCCCGGUGCACAUCGACGUCGGGGGCCACAUGUACACCAGCAGCCUGGCGACCCUCACCAAGUACCCGGACUCCAGAAUCAGUCGUCUGUUCAAUGGCACCGAGCCCAUCGUGUUGGACAGCUUGAAGCAGCACUACUUCAUAGAUCGGGACGGCGAGAUAUUCCGCUACAUUCUCAGUUUCCUCAGGACCAGCAAAUUGCUCCUUCCAGAUGACUUCAAGGACUUCCACUUGCUAUACGAGGAGGCGCGCUAUUACCAGCUGACGCCCAUGAUCAAGGAGCUGGAGCGCUGGAAGCAGGAGCGCGAGCAGCGACGGAUGGCGCAGCCCUGCGACUGCCUGGUGGUCCGCGUCACACCCGACCUGGGCGAGAGGAUCGCCCUGAGCGGGGAGAAGGUCCUCAUCGAGGAGAUCUUCCCUGAGACCGGAGAUGUUAUGUGUAACUCAGUCAACGCUGGCUGGAACCAGGACCCAACGCACGUCAUUCGCUUCCCCCUCAAUGGCUACUGCAGGCUCAACUCUGUCCAGGUUCUGGAGCGUCUUUUCCAGAAGGGCUUCAGCGUGGCGGCAUCAUGCGGAGGCGGUGUGGACUCGUCCCAGUUCAGUGAGUACGUGUUGUGUCGCGAGGACCGGCGAAGUCUGUCCAUCAACACGCCCAUCAGGAUAAAACAGGAACCCCUGGACUAGAGCAUUCUGGGAGAGGGACUGCCAACACACGACCCCCCCCCCCCCGCCCCCUUACUCCUUCGAUCUCCUCACACCACUGCACUCCGCCUACCCCUGCCCCCCUCCCUGCCCCACCAGGACCACAACCACCCCAAGCAUACCUAAGUAUUAGCAGAGGCUUUCUGACCUCGCUAGCCCUGCAGAACUCUAAGGGGAAUGUAGUACCAAACAAAGGGAAAAAAAAAAGCAUCAGCAACAUUAGUUUUUGAUUAUAAUGCCCAAAGAAUCUGGGACUGUGAUGAAAACAGCAACAACCACAAAUGGACUCAACGGCAGAACACUCAAACCAUUUUAGAACCAUGACUCAUUGAUUUCACCCUCAUCUCCUUAUUAAAAAAAAAGGUGUCCUGAUUCUUUUAGGGGCACAAAAACUGCUCCCCUCUUUGAACCCCAAUCCACCAAAACGUCGCGUGCACACACACACACACACACACACACACACCCCCUCUCUUCCCGACUUUCAGUAGUUUCAUCCAGUUCCGAGUGUGUGUGUGUGUGUGUGAGGUCCAUGUCUCGUCUGGCCUGCUGUGGGACAAGAGAGCUUUGGCGCAACGGGACACUUUUUAUGGAUGACAGAAAGAAGACAUAAUCUGAUUUUGCGAAUCCCUCCACAAGCCCAAGUUUCCGAGACCCCUCCGACCCCAUCCCACCUCCCCCCCACAGUCCUGGCUGCAGAGGUCAGGGCCUCGCCACAAAAACAGCAUCGUUUUGCCAAACUGAUUGUUUAUUACAAUUUCUCACUGUUGUUUCUAAAGUAUGUUCUUCUUGCUCUUUUUGCUGUUCUUAUCAUGACAUGGUGUAAACAAUAAUUAUUAAUAGGAUUAUUUUUCAUGUCUCUUUUUUCCUUUCUCCAAUAUGAAGGAUGUAUGAACAUUGUAUUCAUUAGGCUUGCGAGAGCCUGUGAGGGAGCAUUUCUUGGCAGUAGCUGCAGAAACUCCGAUGUCUCCGGGCUGUGUGGCUAAAGCGAUCUGGCUGGCAAUGCAUUCAGAGCCGGAAAAGGUCCCAUUGUUCAAAUAGGGAUGGAAGAGAACCUGGAUGUUUCCUCAUUGUUUAUAGUGAAAUGUGCAGCACACAUAAAAAAGUGCUCCGGAAUUUGUGCUCAUUAGCCCUAAAACAUAUCUUGGGUACCUGAUCGUUUUUCUUUCUUUCUUUUUUCUCACACGAGCACAAACAUUUGUCCGUAUUUAGCAGAAACUUAAGAAAGUGCGUGAAUAUUUAAAAUUCAGCUGGAGGUUGCACAAGUGCAUUGCAGUUGGGAUAGAAUGUUAAAGACUUGAGGACCGACGUGGAAGGUUGACGUUUACCAGUAUGUCUCGUGAUCAGCAGGAGAUGUACUCUAAAUGCGUACUGUUGCUUUGCACUUAUACAUUGACUACAGUGCUGUCCUGCCCCGUUCCCUUGUUUGAUCCCACUGACCAGUGCCAACAGCAGACUAGGACGCUCAAACAUUCACCGCGAGCAAAACUGCCAAGUGAAACAAGUACUGUGGCCACCAGAGUAGUCGUGGUGCCUAUCGUGUUGAUUGUACAAACAGAAAGACGUCAUCUCUUUUCGCAUUUUAUAGCUCAAGGUGACACAAUGCAUUAUUCAGACGUGCACGAAGGGUGACCACCGCGUGUUCCUUCGAGGCCUCCAGUCUUGACAGUUUUGUUGAGAACGGCUCACACAACCUCCAGACCAAGUUUGAGAGACAGAGUCUGUUUGUUUCAGUAUUGUCACUUCUAAGCCAAGAUUAUUUCAGCCGUUCUUCACAUGUAUGCACGGCAGAACUGUACUGCCCGCAUCUGCGUGUUACUCACAAAGAGCCAAGUGGGCGGCAUUUACUCUAUCCUCCUCUCAUUCUUUUGCUCUGUAUUCUCAGCAUCUCUGGAUCAAAGACAGAAACAAGAAGGGCCAAGUUUUCAUGCUUUAUAUUUGUGCGUAACUUACAGAUGCUGUUUCUUCCAUUCCAAAAGACAGAGGGGAAAAAGGAAAAAAAACAAAACAGAAGCGCAUUCUGAUCUUGGUGGGCACUGGCAGUUGUUUGAGUUAAACUGGGGGUUGUGUUUAUACAACUAGUUGUUCAUUAGAAAAAUGGGCAGUGGUUCUUCUGACCAUGUUGUCCUAAUAGCUGUCCUCUCCGGAUGGCCGCUGAUUAAACAGGGCCAACGAGUGGAUAAAGAUGAGCUCAGUGUAAGUGUAGCUCCCGGCCCUGUGCAGGCCUCCCUCGGGGGUCUCUCUCACAAUCAAGCCCAUCUUUGUUCUGACCUGCCAGUGGCCUGCGCCUUUGCAUACAGUCGCCUCAAAGGGAAUGGUCAACCAGGCCUUUCAUGUGCCGAGGCAUGUUCACAGCGCCCCUCGCCCCCCCGUCCGCCCGCCCGAAGCCUCCCAGGCUCAGCGGUGCCAGUAGAAACGCGGGUUGCGCCCCCCGCUGCCGUGUCAUCUCCCGUGCCCUGGUUUCCAAAACGCCCUCCUAUGCUGUGGCUCGCUCGACCACACCGGAGCAAACCAAACAAACUGAUGAGUCAAGUCUGGGCACACUCAGAACAUAGUGUGCAGCCAGCCCGACUUGACUCUGCUGAGCCGCGAGAUCUUUCAUCCAGUUGAUACGAGGUGUGGAAACUCAUCUGGGUUCGCUCUUGAUGAAACGAAAAAAAAUUCAAAAAUCCACGCCGUGCUCAAACCUCACAUCUGCACGAGUGACUUUUUUUUCAGGGAGGAGUGAAUGAAGGCAUAUUACUGAUGUGGUAUUUUGAAAUCACGGGAUGGGCUUCAAGCUUGGUGAGAGCUAAGGGGUUAUGGAUUUGUGACGAUUCCAACAUGCACAUAAAGUGAGGAAGAAGAUGGCAGGUAUUGAGUUUCUGCGUUUUGCACUAACCAAACCAGGACGGCAGGCUAACUCGACGGGACUGGAAACUUCCCAGACAUGUUCACACAUGCCUCCCUUUUCAGACGGUACUGGUCCGUGUGCAGCCAGUCCACGCGGUAUUCACUCCACCUCUGAGGCAGGUCAGUUGUACAGUUAUUGUAUAUUGAAUUAUCAAGACUCGGGGGUUUCACGGGACCCUUGUGUUUUUCAAGAGACCUCCUAGUCCUCUCCACGAAAAAAGAAUGAGAAGAAUUCAGAGCAUUACAUUGUGUACAUAUGAAUUAAAACAUUUCAAAGGGUAUAAUAAGGUGCAAAUGUAUAUUAUUUAAAAGUGUUUGAAACAAUUAGACUGUGGUAUUAAAGGGCAUGUGUUCAUU